UUAUUCCUGUUCCUCCCAGUUCAAAGAUGGCAGCCACGGGACAGAGAUGAGCAACGAAACACAUUUAGGAGUUUUGCCAUGAAACUAAUGCGGAUGUGCAGUUCCUACACGCAUAACCUUGACAUGACAUUAAUAUAAUUCCACGCUGCUAAUGUGUCGUCAUUGGAAGACAAUUGAGUGAUUCAGAAAUACUAUGUUUUCUUUCGGGCUAAGCUAGCAAACGCUGUUAGCGCAUAAAUGAACUUGGCUUCUCUAACGAACCACACAAGAAGAAAGCAGCUGCUUUGCGUAUGGUAUACUGUCAUACCUUAAACUGAAUUUCAUCAUGGCUAUCACCCAGUUCCGUCUCUUCAAGAUUUGCACAUGUCUAGCAACAUUACUUUCUUUCUUCAAGAGGUUGAUAUGCAGGACUGGAAGGGGGCGCAAGCUUAGCGGUGAUCAAAUAACUCUUCCCACAACAGUAGAGUUUUCCUCAUCAGUACCAAAACAGCCAGAGAUUGAAGAAUGGAGCUCCUGGGAUGAAGAUGCUCCAACAAGUAUUAAGAUUGAAGGUGGCAAUGGAAAUGUUUCCCCUUCACCAAACGACUUAGAUGAAGAGCCUGACUACUUCAAAGACAUGGCCCCCACCAUCAGAAAAACACAAAAAAUAGUCCUGAAGAAAAGGGAACCUUUAAACUACCUGGUGCCUGAUGGCUCAGCAGGAUUCUCCAGCAGACUGGCAGCCUCUCAGGACAUGAUGACCUUCACCCCACCCUCUGGCGAGUUGGGAGAAAUGGACAAUUGGCAGGAGGACGCAAACGCCUGGGAGGACGAAUCUGAUGCUGCCUGGGAGGCAGAGGAGGUGCUCAGACAACAGAAGAUGGCUGAGAGAGAAAAGCGAUCCAUAGAGCAGCAGAGGAAGAAGAUGGAGAAGGAGGCUCAGAGAAUGAUAAAAAAGGAGCAGAAGAUUGCAGUCAAGCUGUCAUAACAUUUUAGAAAUGCUCACAUCUGAGCCAAAGGGAUGGAAAAAACACUAUAUCAGUUGAUUUGUCAUCAAACCGACCUGGAUCAUCACUCUCCACCACAUAUCUGUCAGCAAACACUCUUCAUUCUCCGCACAGUUUUCAGUAGCAGCCAGCAGAGUCUGUUUUCCAUUUUCAAAAGUGACGAACGCAAAGUUCUUAACGGCAGAUAACACACCUAGCGAACCUGUUUCUCAUGUCAAGGUCAUCUCUUUGUCCGCAGCACGGUUGUGCUACACAAUCUAGUUCACCUCUGGUUAAAGGUUGAAACGCAGCACUGGACAGCACCGUUUAGAGUCUGAUUAGCCGAGUGUAAAUAGACCUGCGCUACCCUUUGAAACCGAGAUGGGGAGCACAGCUUCUUUUCUUUGUCUUAUUUAUAACCCCAGGAGGACAAAGGAGUGCAAUUAAUUUUAAACAUCACUGUUUAUCAGUGACAUCCAUUGGUUUUUCAUGUUUUUAUAUUUAUGUCUAUCACCAUUUUUUUUCACCCCAAUGAAUUUUGCUUAAUGUUUCAAGUAAUUUCCAUGUGCUGUGCGACCUUUGUUACACUGGAUACCUAUUAAAAUUAAGAUUGAUUUUGAAAAUGAGUUGGAUAAAUGACCAUAGAUGAGAAUUUAGCCCAGCUAUAGGUGUUGGCUGUGGGUUCCUAUGGUAACCCUGGGGCUGCUGCGCUGCCAUUUUAGUUGGUCAGCUGUUGAAGAAUAUUCAGUGAUUUCUUUUGUUUUGGAGGGGACAAGGAACGCUACUUUGCCCAUAACGAGUUAACCAGAUUGCAUAGACUCACAUCCAGCCAGUAAGAAAAAGGAAUGACUUCUUUUGUCAACAGUGUAAAGGAGUCAGACGUCUGUCAUGAAUGGUACGGCAGGCAGGGUGAUCUCAUGCUCAAGCGAGCUAAUAUCUGUUAUUAUCAGAGGUUUUUAUUCUAUUAAAACUUUGAUAAUCCAAGUGACUGAUUAGUGCAUGAUCAAACUUAAAAGUUUAAUUGAAAGCAGGUGUUUGCUUUUAAGGGAAUUCAGCAAACUGUGUGAUAAGUGUGUUCUUAUUUCUGUUGAGAGGAGCUGCAUGCUGUUGUCUUGUCAUUUUCCACUUUAAGUAUUUUAAAUAUAAUUCACAGAGACGCUAUUAUUUUUCAUAUUUGUUUCCCCACAUUGGAAAAUACACCUUCACAUUGUAAGAUCUGUCACGGUUGCCCGUAGACACGUUGUACGAAGUACAACGAAGCAAUGAGCCCAGACAGACUGUAGACCUGUACCUGCUGUAUUGGCCCUACACAGGUUUUUAAUAAAAUUGAUUUCAAGGA